UAUGGUCCAGCUGCUUGUGGUUGAAGGCUGCUGCCGGGGCUACUGGUGCGUACUAUAGCUUUAUUGUAUUGGGGGUCCAUCAAGUGUCCUACUGCUCAUUUGCCUUGGGUGUCAAGCAACCUGUAGAUUCACCUCCUCACCCGUCUUCUCUGCAAAGUGCACAACUUCUUCCUUCAUGACGGAAUAGAUCAUCAUCAUAUCAGAAGCACAUCUCCAAUAUCCAUCUCUCCAUUCUGAAAGCAAGAUCGAGUAGCCACAAAGUGAACAUAUAUGUUUACGAACCUAAGAUCUUGAUGCCCAUGAAGCAGCCAUGAACACAAGUCCCAAGGUCAGCACUUCGUCUCUCAUCGACGCCAAGCUGGUACAGCAUCGUGUGAGUGUUUCCAAACAGUGCCCUGGGUGUGGCCACAAGCUCGAUCGCAAGCCGGAUUGGGUGGGGUUGCCCGCAGGAGUGAAGUUCGAUCCGACAGAUCAAGAAUUGGUAGAGCACCUGGAAGCGAAGGUGAAGGCAGAAGAUUUGACAUCCCAUCCUCUGAUAGAUGAGUUCAUCCCGACGAUCGAAGGCGACGAUGGCAUCUGCUACACCCAUCCUGAGAAGCUCCCAGGUGUGAGAAGGGAUGGCCUGAGCAAGCACUUCUUCCACAGGCCAUCCAAGGCCUACACCACCGGCACAAGGAAAAGAAGGAAAAUCCAGUCGACGUGCGACCUUCAGAGAGGCGAAACCAGGUGGCACAAGACAGGGAAGACGAGACCUGUGAUGGUCAAUGGGAAGCAGAAGGGGUGCAAGAAGAUACUGGUCCUGUACACCAACUUUGGGAAGCACAGGAAGCCCGAGAAGACCAACUGGGUCAUGCACCAGUACCACCUGGGGGAGUCGGAGGAGGAGAAGGAAGGUGAGCUUGUCGUGUCCAAGAUCUUCUUCCAGACCCAGCCAAGGCAGUGCACUUGGUCCGAUAAGAGCAGCACAACAGCGGCAGCAACUGCGGAGGGGAUGGAUCAAAUUAGGGACAGUGGCGGUGCAAGUUGUUCCUCUGAUUUAGUUAGCAAGAGGGAUGAGCAUUCUUACAGUAGCAUGGAGAUGCAUCAGCACCUGAUGAAGCCUGACAACUUUAGCUUUGCUCCUUUUAGAGAAAGCUUCAAUGAGGUGGCAGUGGGAGAGGAACCGAAGGCACGAGAUGAGCACUCAGAGCACGAGCACCUCGUUGGAUCACCACAUCAUCAAGUGGCUCAGGAGCAUCAGCAUCUGCAGCAACUGCAGGUGGUGCCGACCGCAGCAUUCCACAUUACCAGGCCUAUGCACCCCAUCCCGGCCAUCGUCUCGACUCAUCCACACCGGCAGACGUCAAUGGUUCUCGAAGACCCAUAUCAAGUCUCAAGGAUACUUCUUCAAUCCGAUAAAUUUCAGCAACUGGAAUUGCAACAAAAGCUGGACCAUAGAUCUGCUUCCGGCCUGGAAGAACUGGUCAUGAGUUGCACUUCAGCUAGAACUAACGAAACAUCAAUUGCACACUCCCAAGAGACGGAAUGGCACUUUCCCUUCUGGCAAUCUGACAAUCCAAAUCAUCAUGGGGGAUGAGGAAAAAGAGAAAAUUAUCCUUUACUACUACCAUCAGUAUCAGUUCUUAUAUAUCAAGGAGCAGAACCAGGUUGAGAAUAAAAGAGAGAAUGAAGAGAUUAAGAGAAGAAAGAGACAGAAGAGAAAGCUUAUGCUGUUUGCUAGCUGACAGAAGGGGUAAAAAUGACCAGAGUAACUCAACACCUCCCAUCCUACCCAUUUCAUCUCAACUAAUGUUACUAUUUUGAUUGUUUUAAGUGUAACUAUUACUAAUAUCUUCUUCUUUUGCCUUGUUGUUCAUGUGUUUUUCUUCUUCCUUGUAUAACAAAAGGGAAGAAGGCAGAAAACAACAAGAAUUAUGGUAUGUGAAAGAACUACUUGUUCUUGUAAUUGUUGCUCAUCAAUACUGACUUGCGUGCUGAAAAUAUAAAUCACUUUUUUAAAUCUUUCUUUAAAA